AGCCUUCCUCAUGCAGACAAAUACGUGAAGGCCUAAAAUUUGCUAGAAAAUGAAGCAGCAUCGAUAACAUAGCUAUCUUUUGCAUUAGGCGCUUAGCGUGUGCCAUGUGCUAUUUUAUUACUGUGAAGGGAUUAAAUUAGUUAAUCCUCAUAACAUCUCUGCUAUGAAUUUGUUUUUGCUAUUCCCAUCUUAUACAUAGUAAAGGAAGGUUAAGACUGGAAAGUUUUAAAAUUUUUUACAAAAGAUGAAUACUUAUAAAACAGUAAGUUUACAACAAAAUAAGCCCCAUUUUGUUUUGUAUGGAGCUCUGUAUUAUUGCAGUAGGUAUAAUCAAUCUGGAUAUUUUCUGCUUACUUAAUUUAUGUUUAGGUCCUAAGAGAAUCCAAGGCACAAGGGACUGUAUCAAGCUCAACAGACAGAUUCAGAAAAGUUGGGAAGAGGCAGGGAAUGGAUAUGGAACAUAUUAUUAAAUGAACUCGUUGAAGACAAGGAGAGUGUUAGUAAAGAGCUUAGCUAGCUAGAUUAAAGAAAUUGUCUUGCCCCAUCUGUUCUAAUUAGCUUAUGUCUCCUGCUUCAUAUGUCUUCCUGCUGGUUACUUCAGAAAAGAGGUGACAGCUGCUUUGAAAGGAAAUUGUUUUUAUUGACAGUGACUUAAAAUGAUUUUGGAGUGCUUGCUCAUUGUCAAACAUAAAAAUUUAAAUGUUAGCACUUUGGUGUAACAAUUUGUUAUUGGAAACUUUAAGGCUUUGAACUCUGAAUUGAAGAUUCUGCCAUCUCAAGUUGCCUUCAGUUUUUAGCCCAAAUGAUUAUGUUUCCUCUUUUUGGAAAGAUUUCUCUGGGUAUUUUGAUAUUUAUUCUGAUAGAAGGAGACCUUCCAUCAUUUACAGCCUUUGUAACUUCAGCUGAGAUCCAGGAACCCAAGAGUGCAAUUUCUUUUCUCUUGUCUGAAGAAUCUACAGAACCUUCUCUACCAAUGGAAAAGAAACAGCCUCUGGACCGCAGAGAAGCUGAGAGACGAUCAUUACUCAGAAGGCAGCGAGCCAUUCUUUUUCCCAAUGGAGUGAAAAUGUGCCCAGAAGAAAGUGUUGCAGAGACAGUGGCAAACCAUGUGAAGUAUUUUAAAGUCCGAGUGUGUCAAGAAGCUGUCUGGGAAGCCUUCAGGACUUUUUGGGAUCGACUUCCUGGGCAUGAGGAAUAUCGUCAUUGGAUGGAUUUGUGUGAGAAUGGAAUUACAAGUAUUUUUGAGAUGGGCACACAUUUUAGUCAGUCCAUGGAACAUAGAAGCUUAAUCAUGAAGAAACUGACUUCCGCAAAGGAAACUGUAAGCAGCUCUGAAUUUUCAUCUCCAGUUCCUUCAGACCAUACUUCAACAGUGGGAGGUGCUGCUCUCAGGAUUUCAGAUCCAGCAGUGGCUUCUCAUGAAGUUGCCUCAGAGAGCAGCUUGGAAAAAGAAAAGGAGAGUAUCAGCAAUGAAAUUGAGGAUGUAACAGAUGAACCCCCCAAACCAGCAACUGAACAGGUUGCAGAAUUCAGUAUCCACCUUUUGGGGAAAGAGUAUCAGAAAGAGCUCCAGGAUCCUUCUAGCUUUCAUUAUCAGCACCUUGCAGAAGAGUUUAUUUCAGAGGUUGAAAAUGCAUUUUUUGGCUUACCAGGCUAUAAGGAUAUCCGUGUACUUCAGUUUAGGUCCCCAAAGGAAAAUGACAGUGGCAUGGAUGUUCACUAUGCAGUUACCUUCAAUGGUGAGGCCAUCAGCAAUACCACCUGGGAGCUCAUCAGCCUUCACUCCAAUAAGGUAGAAAACCAUGGCCUUGUGGAGUUGGAUGAUAAGCCCACUGCUGUUUAUACAAUUAGCAACUUCAGAGAUUAUAUUGCUGAAACACUGCACCAGAAUUUUUUGCUGGGAAAUUCCUCCUUGGAUCCAGAUCCCGAUUCCCUUCAGCUUAUUAGUGUGAGAGGAGUUUUGCUUCCCCAACCUGAAGACCCUAUUUUGAAUAGACAAAGUCCAAGUCUGCAGGCACCAUCUCCGACUUUGGAUAAUACCUUUCAAGCUGAAUGGCCCUCAGCAGAUGGAUCCACAGCCAGCAGUAUUUCACCACUUGAUAUCAGCUCUGGUCCUCCCUCAAGCACUGGCAGGGAACUCUCGUCAGAAAGUCCUUUGGGUGAUUUAGUGUCUACACUCGAUUUAGCCUUUCCCUCCAAGGUGGGCCUGGGUCCUUCCCAAGAGGCUUUAGAGGUUAGUGGCUUGACUCUCCAUUCUGUCACCCCAGCAGUGCUUCCCACUGAUGUGCCUGUGGCUGCUGAGGAGGGGACUUCUGGAUCUCACUUAGUAGAAGAUGGAUUAGCUAUUGGCUAUUCUGUGGAUCCAUUGCCUUCAAGCUCAUUGACUCAGCCUGUGCCAACAGAAACAGUACUGUCUGUGGAAGACUCUGGUAUAAUCUUAACAACCUCACCGCAUUUGCUUUCUCCUGCCACAUUAGAUAUUAUUACUGAAGAAAUAACUGUACCUUUUGUUUUGGAUUCCCUGGACUUCCAAGUCAAAGAUCAACUAGAAGUGAACACUUUGCUGCCAGAAACAGCCAUGGAAAAAGAGUCCUUAUUUGAAAGUGGCUUUAGUUCUGGGUCUGGGCAAAUGGUGGAUCUAAUUACUUGGCCAUGGAGUAAGAUUUUAUUAGAGAAGAGCACAGAACCAUUGUCCAAAUCAUGGCUUGAAGAGAAGGAUUCACUUUUGCCAGGUGGGGGUGUAGAUGAGGAAUUAGUCAUAGGUGGUGAAAUGAAUUCUGCAUAUCAAAUUAUAGAGCAUCCAGAUUAUGAGCAGGAUGGUAGAUCCACAGACUUUGCAGAAAAGCUUUAUGGUGGACCUUCAGUGCCAUUCAAUGCAGAGACUGCAACGCAGCCUACAUCUCUGAUCAUCUCUGAAUACUCAUCAGAGGCACCUGACACUGAUUAUUACUCAGCUUCGAAAGCUCCCCUUCUACUGGCGUCUGUAGCAAUAUCUUCUUCUAUUGACCAACCAUAUCAAGAUGAUUUCCUAAAGGAGGAAAUAGAACAAGCUACAAAGUCAUCUGAACAUGAAGAACUUGACAGCAAAGAUUCAAUGUUGUGGACUGCCUUGCCAGAAUCAGAGACAGUUUGGGAAGGGACAUCUUCGCUACGAAAAUUGUCCAGAGACACAUUGGCAAGGACACCACAGAGUACCGACAGACUCUGGUCUAAAGCUCCUAUGACACAGUCUCCCAAAUUGCCUCCAACCAUGACCUCCAUCCCACUGGAGGAUGAAGUAAUCGUGGGUGUACAGGACAUUUCAUUAGAGUUGGACCGGGUAGGCACGGAUUACUAUCAGCCUGAGCUAAUUCAAGAGAAAAAUGGCAAGGUUGGUAGUUACAUGGAAAUUUCUACAAAUGUUCACGCCACAGAGAUGGCUGUUGUAGCUCCAUCCACUAAUGGGGGUGACUCAAGCUAUACCCAGACAGGAGGAGCUUUGGUGGUUUUCUUCAGCCUCCGAGUGACUAACAUGAUGUUUUCAGAAGACCUGUUUAAUAAAAAUUCUUUGGAGUAUAAAGCCUUGGAGCAAAGAUUCUUAGAGUUGCUGGUUCCCUAUCUCCAGUCAAACCUCACAGGGUUCCAGAACUUGGAAAUCCUGAACUUCAGAAAUGGCAGCAUUGUGGUGAACAGCCGAAUGAAGUUUGCAGAGUCAGUCCCUCCUAAUGUCAACAAUGCUGUGUACUUGAUUCUGGAAGACUUUUGUACCACUGCUUACCAAACCAUGAACUUGGCUAUUGAUAAAUACUCCCUUGAUGUGGAAUCAGGUGAUGAUGCCAACCCUUGCAAGUUUCAGGCCUGCAAUGAAUUUUCUGAGUGUUUGGUCAGUCCCUGGAGUGGAGAAGCACAAUGCAAGUGCUAUCCUGGAUACCUGAGUGUGGAUGACCUGCCGUGUCAGAGUCUCUGUGACCUACAGCCUGACUUCUGCUUGAACGAUGGAAAGUGUGACAUUAUGCCUGGGCACGGGGCCAUUUGUAGAUGCCGGGUUGGUGAGAACUGGUGGUAUCGCGGUGAGCACUGUGAGGAGUUUGUCUCUGAGCCUUUGGUCAUAGGCAUCACCAUUGCUUCCAUGGUUGGACUUCUCCUGGUCUCUUCUGCUGCUAUCUUCUUCCUUGUUAAGACUCUUCAAGUUCACUCAAUCAGGGGAGAAGGAGAGAGGCAAUUUAGGCAGCCCGACAGCCUCUCAUUCGUUGAGAAUGCUGUGAAGUGCAAUCCUGUGUUUGAAGGCCACGAGGCUGGAUGUGAGCUCUAUGAGGCAGCCGGUCUACAGCAUCCCUUCUACAGCUCUGCUAGUGAAGAGGUGCUUGGUGGCCUGAGCAGAGAGGAAAUCAGGCAGAUGUAUGAGAGCAGUGGGCUUUCCCAAGAGGAAAUUCAAGAGAGAAUGAGAGUGUUGGAACUGUAUGCCAAUGAUCCUGAGUUUGCAGCUUUUGUGAGAGAGCAUCAAAUGGAAGAGCUUUAACCAUAUCCCGUGAUUAGAAGCCUGGAGAAGAUGGGGAUCACUUGUUACCCAUUUCAUAUAAUUAACAUGGAUUUUAAAUCCUGUGUUGAAAGAAGACUUUUACCUUAGUGAAUAGAAGUUAAAUAUGAAAGUAUACUUUUUUUCCAGUACAAAUUUCAGAAUGUAGUAACAGGAGUGGCAGUUUUUAGUUGUACGAAGACAAAAGCUAUGCUUAAAGAAAUUUAAGACUAUGUGAGUUCUGGGAACUAUUUCGCAAAGAAAAAGCAGAUCUUGGCGUUCUGGUUGCAUUUGUUGUUGACUUCUGAAUCUCUACGGGUGUCUCUCAGAACUGUGCCUCAACUUGUCCAGCAGGAAAAUAAGGUGAGAUGAUGAAGGAGAAUUAGUAGUAAGCCAAUAUUUCAUUUUAUUAUUUCUUAUUGUCAGCUGGGACGGGGGAAGCCUUUGAAGCAAUCUUAAUAUAGUUUAUGUAGCCAGGUACUCAGCUAUAUAGAUGUUUAAGUUUUAUUUUUAAAACCAACCCCCCAGGAGGUUUUUGAUUGCUGUAUUAUAGAAUUAGGCUACAUUUUAUUAACUAUAAAGAUUUUGAAUUUCCUGAGCAUAAUGGUGAAGACUACAUUAUUGUUAAGCAUGUUGGUAUUGUUUUUUUCAAGUUUUCAAUAGUAAUACAUAUAAGACUUUUUAGAAGAUUACAUAAAAUGGAAUUAAAAGAUGUUUCAGUGCAAAAAUUUUUGAAGGCUAGGCAUAGCUCUUUUUUUUUUUUAUAACAUGCAUUUGCAUGAACUUUUGGAAAUACCCUCAUUUGUGUAGUUUGGGAGAUUCACUUAGACUACAAUUGUAGUCACCUGGGCUGGGAGGGAGUGGAUCAAUGCCACAGUGCUGAGAAGUCUUACUUUGCUGAUUGACAGGGCGCUGAGUGAGCACUAACUUAUUUUUUGGCAAAUCCUGAAUUUCUCUAACACCUGGA